AUGUCCAACGCGUCGCGCACUCCCAUCUUCAUCACCGGUGUCACGGGGUAUGUAGGAGGUGCUGUUCUAACUCGUCUCCUCGCACAUCCUUCCGCGAAGACGCUGGAUAUAACUGUCUUCUUACGCUCUGCAGAGAAGGCGAAGCUCCUCGAGUCCAGCUUUGGCGUGAGGACCGUAGUGGGCACGAUCGCGGAGCUCGACAAACUAGAGGCACAGGCUGCAGCUGCACACGUCGUCUUCUCUAUAACGGACUCGGACGAUAUCCCUGCGACCGAAGCCAUCCUUAGAGGACUGCGUAAGAGGCAUGCCACGACCGGAGAUCUUCCCAUCUUGAUCCACACGUCAGGCACGGGCGAGCUAAUGGACAACGCAAAGGGGCUCUAUACGACCGACACAAUUUACAACGAUCUUGAUGCUGCACAAACUGAGACACUGCCUCCUACAGCACUGCACCGCCCAGUCGAUCUAGCGGUCGUCCGUGCAGAUGCAGAAGGGUACGCGCGAACACACAUCGUCAUGCCCUCUAUGAUCUACGGGAUUGCGGGCGGCCCGCUUGUCGCAGCGGGCAUAUCGAACUCGCUUUCGAUCCAGGUCCCUUACCUCAUCCGCGCUUCGCUCGACCGCCGGCAGGCUGGCAUGGUCGGCCGCGGCGUCCCCGUCUGGUCGAACGUACACAUCGACGACACGGCUGACCUGUUCAUCGUACUGUUCGACGCGAUCGUCGCGAGUCCUGAGAAGGUUGGCCAUGGGCGAGAGGGGUACUACUUCGGUGAGGCGGGCGAACAUAAGUGGGCCGACAUCUCACGCGCUAUCGGUUCCGCCCUGGUGGAGCUGGGUGUCAGUACGAGCGCCGAGCCAACAACUUUCACCACUGAGGAGCUCAUCAAGUACUGGGGAUCUGAGUAUUGGGCCAACAUCAGCGCAACCAAUUCGCGCUGCCGCGGCAAUCGCGGGCGUGCAUUGGGAUGGAAGCCCGUCCAUACACCUGCCGACAUGAUUGCAGGCAUUAAGCCUGAGAUCGAGGCGUUGAUCGCGAACCCCUCAUACAAGGCAGUCGCCACCGACUGA